AUGGAAGCUGCUGGACAUGACGUCUGCUCCUCUGUUUUGGAUGCCAAUGAUGCACACUGCUCUGAUGGAGAGCAGAUUUGUGCUCGUCCAGCGGCUCAACUUAAGACAUACCUUUCAUUCACAUUCAUUCUCGAGACCAAGAGUCUUCCCUCCAGAUCACCGCCAUCAACCCCCAACUGGAGGAGUCCCCGCGUUCGCCAUGAGAUCAGAAAGCCUCGCCCAUCAUCGGUGGAGCUCAGCACGGACCUGAAAGACAUGUCAGAGGGAGAGGAUGUCUUCUACAGGGCCUCUGUGGGCAGCAGCAAGGAGAGUGAAGGAGACACUUCACCUCAUUACUUUGCUGGUUCUAAGAAUCAAGGAACUGGCGAGGGUUUGUUGCAACCUGACGACAGAAUAGGAGAAGACGACAGCCCGCCCCACUACAAUAAAGAUGCAGUUGGUGACUGUGACCUGAUGCUGAUAUGCAUCACUCCAGACCACAAUGGCAAAUUUGGCUUCAAUGUAAAGGGUGGAGUGGAUCAGAAGAUGCCUCGGGCCAUAUCACACGUUAAACCGGACUCCCCGGCAGGUCGAUCUGAACCCAGACUGCAGGAGGGAGACCUGGUGGUACUCAUCAACGGUCGGGACAUUUCCGAGCACACGCACGACCAGGUCGUCAUGUUCAUACGAGCCAGCCGAGAGUUGCACUCCAGACAGCUGGCUCUGCUCAUCAGACGUAAAGGGCCGGGCCGAGUCAUGCCUCAGCUGCAGCUGUCUUUCGAUGCCCUUUCGCUCACCAUCCCUGCACAGGAAAACAAGCCUCAGUCACCAGGUCAGAUGGAGCAGGUCACCACGCUGGGGGAGUCAAUGAAACAGCUAGAGAGAGAAAUACAGUCAGGCACACUAUCCUUCCAUUUUGAGAAUUUAUACAAGAGGAAGCCUGGUCAUGUCACGGUGGCGCCUCCUGAGUCUGGUGUGUGCUUACGUUACAUUGCAGCUCAAGGUCCACUUCCACAGACCUGCACUCACUUUUGGCAAACUGUAUGGGAGCAACAGACACACACCAUCAUCAUGCUUACAACUCUAACAGAGAGGGGAUGGACUAAGUGCCACCAGUACUGGCCACAUCCGCCGGAGGUGAAGAACUACAGCCACUUGUCUGUGAAGUGUCACUCGGAGGAGUGCAACCUGGCGUACGUGACGAGGCAGUUCACUCUGAGGCACAACAAGUUAGAUGAGGAGCGUGCAGUCACACACCUGCAUUACGUCGCGUGGCCAGACCACGGCGUACCCGACGACCCCUCGGACCUCCUGCUCUUCAUCAGCUCAGUAAGGGAGAGGAGGAAAGGCAAAAAGCCGUUGAUGGUUCACUGCAGUGCUGGGAUUGGGCGGACAGGUGUCCUGAUCACCAUGGAGACGGCGCUAAGUCUGAUGGACGAGAGUCGGCCGGUGUUCCCGUUGGACAUUGUUAAAACGCUAAGAGACCAGCGAGCCAUGAUGGUUCAGACCACGUGUCAGUUCCAGUUUGUGUGUGAGGCCGUUCUCCGAGUCUACAAUGAAAAACGAGAGAAAUCCAAAGCAUCGUAG